UAUCAUUGUAAGAAAUUGUCUACUUUUUGUGGCAAAGCUUAAAAAAUUUAUAAUUUACAUGUGUGUUCCCAGUUUCAAUAAAGCAACAUGAUUGAAAUGAAAAAAAUUCUCUUCAACUUAGACGGAUUUAGUCGAUAUCAAAAAAUUUUACUACUCUUGUUUUGUAUCAUAAAUGUAUUGUCAUCAAUUCAUUACUAUUCUCAAACAAUAAUAAGUUUUGUUCCGGAUUUUUGGUGUAAAGAUCACAAUUACGAAAAUUCAAAUGAAUUAAUUUCGAAGAUGCGUGGGAAUAUGUCUUCAUGUUAUUCGUACUGGGAUAGUGACAAAAAUGAAACAUGCACGGAAUUUGUUUAUGAUCAUUAUAUGGGAUAUAAAAGUCUUACAAGUGAACUUAAUUGGAUCUGUGGAGCAGCUUGGAAAAUUACUCUUGGACAAUCAAUGUUUUUUGUUGGAUCUGUAGUAGGGACAUUCGGAUUUGGAAUAUUAGCUGACAUUUUUGGUCGUGUACCCAUUUUAAUUAUAUCCAACUUGACUGCCAUGAUGGGAAAUCUAUUUUCUACUGCAACUUAUUCAUUGGCUUCUUUCUGUAUGUUUCGAUUUGUAUCUGGACUAGCAACGGAUACGAAUUUUGUGAUGAUGUACAUUUUGGUCAUGGAGUAUAUCAAUCCUGCUUUUCGGACAAUGGGUGUAAGCAUUUGCAUUGGAAUAUUUUAUUGUCUUGGAUCAAUAGCAUCUCCAUGGAUCGCUGUACUUACACAAUCUUGGAAGAUGUUUCUAAUUGUUACAUCAUUACCGUUUGCCAUUGUACCAUUAUUCUAUUUUAUCAUACCAGAAAGCAUUCAGUGGCUUGUUUCUAAACAAAAAUACACACAAGCUGCCAAGUCUUUUGAAAGAAUUGCAAAAAUAAAUCAUGAGCAGAUUAGCAAUUCCGAAAUAAAUAGAUUCAUUGAGGAGAGUCGGAAAACAUCAGAAACUGAACAAAAAGUUAGAGCCAGUAUGUUGGGACUUUUUAAGACUCCAAGGCUCCGUAAAAAUACUUUAAUAUUAUUUUUUAAAUCAAUGGUUAUUACACUCUGCUAUGAUGCUGUAUCACGAAAUGUUCAAGGGAAAGGAGUGUCCCCAUUCAUAAUGUUUUCUCUAAGUGCAACAACAAUAUUGCCAGCGUGUCUUCUUCUUAUACUACUGCAGGACAGGAUUGGGAGAAAGGCGAUGUCAUCUUUGUCACUUUUAACAAGUGGAAUGUUUAUUUCAGCAAGCGGUAUCAUACUAAUGAAUACAAACAAAUCAGAAAAUAACGCAACUUUAUUAGUUUUUCUUGCGAUAAUUGGAAGAUUUGGAGUAACAGUAGCAUACAAUUCUGGCGCCCAAUACGCGACCGAGCUGAUACCAACAUGUGUUCGAGGUCAAGGCAUUGCAGCUGUUCAUGUUAUUGGUUAUGCUUUCACAUUUUUAAGCUCAUACAUUCUGCAUACUCGUGUCAUUUAUACUGCUUUACCUGAGAUUUUACUUGGACUGAUGUCGUUUCUUGGUGCAGCUUUAUGUCUUUUUCUACCUGAAACAACAAAUCGAAAGCUUCCAGAUUCUUUGGAGGAUGGAGAAAACUUUGGGAAGGGUGAAAAAUGUUUUUCAUUUAUUUGCAUACAAAAUGUUUCAUAGUUCAAAUUUACGCAACUUGGUCAAGUCACGAAUUAAAAUCAAAAUUUUAAGUUACUUUUUGAUAAUAUCUGAAGAUUCAUUUUUCUAACCUUUGUGUCAUCAAAGUAAUAAGUGCAAUAGAAAUACAACUUAUUAAGGCUAAUAUUUAAGCGUAGAGUAAAUG